CAGGGCCCGUGGGCGGGCAGGGGCGCUGCUCUCCCCACCGGGCACUCCCGGCGGGGCGUACGUGCUCCGGCGGGCUCCCGGGUUGUCCGCGGCGCUGCCUGGGGACGCGCAUUGUCGGGGCGCCCCGGCAGCGUCGCUCCUUGCGCAGCCGAGCCAAGGGCAGGGGCUCGGCCGGGCUGGAAGCGGGGCUCUGAGGGAAGUGGCUGCUCGGAGCUGGUAACGCGGCCUUGCCACGGCUCGAUUACCUCACGGCGCAGGGCCAGAGGGUGGCAGCGGCAGCUGCGCUGCGUGCGGUGGGGGAAAGCUUUCGCUUUCCUUAGUUUUCAAAGGGUGAGUGAGCGUAGCGGGGGAUGUUGGGGAGACUUUGCUGUGGAACGGCGGCCUCGCUCCCGGCAGGUCCUCGGGUGCUGCUGUUACUCAGAUGCAGAACCUGGGUACGGGCAGAGCUGAGUAAUGCGCCUGAAGUGCCAUGCCUCACCCAGCGACCUUUCCGUUCGAAGGCAAUGCAUAGUGCAGCUUCUGUGUCUUAGAGGUAUAUGAGCUUCAUUUACUUAGGGAUCGAAACAGUCACUCCUGUCAGUUACCUGUUUCACCUUGGCCUUCAAAGGGACUAUGUAUCUGUGAACGCUGAGGCUGAUGUUGAAGCAGUGAUGAUUGAGCAUGGAGAAGAUGGACUGUCCACACAAAGCUGUGUGUCCAUGGAACAAAACUCUGAAGUAAAUGGUGUUGUCAACCAUGUGACUGAACUUGCCCAUGGAAGUGAAAGCUUAUCAGUGCUAGCUGGAGGAGUAGCAUCACAAAUGAGCCAUUCUACAAGUAUGCAGACAGGAAAUACUCACAGCCCUGAAGAAAUGGAUGUUGUUUUUUCGCAUAAUAAAAGAAAACGACUUGCCCCUGCUGAAGUGGGACAGAAUGUGAUGAGAACCGGGGAAGGAGAAUAUGAAGACAGUGUCAUUUAUGAGUAUGAACCGGACUAUGAAUGUGGGAGUAUUUUAUCUGAAGCUUCCUAUGCUGGAGAUCAGCAGAAGACUCUUACGGAGGUCCUCAGUUAUUGCCAGGCCAUGUAUGAUGCCAUUCAGAAAUUGGAUAAAAAAUUUGACCUGCUUCAUCAGAAGGUCUCAGAAAUGGAGCAUACUCGUGUAAAGCCACUGUUGCUCAAACCUAAACCAGUUGGAUUUAUGUACAGAAGUUCCAGUCAUUUGCCCCAAGGAAAAAUAAGAGUACAAAAAUCCGUGGAAGGCGAAUCAAGUGUUCAUCUUCCUUCACCAUGCCAGGGAAGGCAUAGCCCAGUCAUAAAAGUUGCUUUACAAAAUGGCCAUGUUCAUGUCGAUUCCACAGUAAAACAUGUUCAGCAGAGUCUUCAGCUUGAAUCACAGCAGCCUGUUCAUAGGCAGAGCCCACCACUCCCCACUAUAGUUUCUGCAUGUUCGUUGCAUUCAUCAUACACAGGAACAAACAGGAUACCUGACCUUUCUCCGCAACCAAAUCUUCUAGCCAGCGUCAUGGAAAGUACUGUCACCACUGCAUCUUCACCAGUGGCAUCAUCAUCAAUGCCAGCACCAUCUGAGACCAGAUUGGGAAAUAAUGCUGCUGUGGUGAACUACAAAAAUGCACAUGGGAGUGUGAAUGUUAGUAAAGAACUACCGUCUUCUUCAGUCUGCAUCAAUCCUAGCUUUGAGUUUGUUGGUGACCCAACAAGAAAUGUUACAAUUCCUGGGAACUAUUUGAUGAAGGCUCGGCAAAAGAGUAAACCAAAGUAUGCAGCACGCUACUUAGUUAAUGUCAUGUUCCCCAAGGAAACGUUAGUGCGUAGCGUUAUGGGAGUAAGUGCACAAGGGCGCAGAACACUGGAUCCAAACAAAAUUGCUGCAAUAAGAGAAUUUCUUGCAAUUAGCUUUCCAAGGUAUGAUUUGAGAGAGAAUGGAAGACACUGGAAAACCUGUAUCACACAUGUCAAUGCUAUGAUCCGCUAUUUACGCUCUGGAACAAAACCAAACCCGGAGACAGCUGAAGAGAAAGAGAAAGUGGCUGAUGCUCCAGAUACAUCUCAUUGUGCAGAUUUAAAUUAUAAUGAAGAUAGUGAAGGCAGUUCUCAAAAAAUGACCAGCUCCAUGACUGACACAUGGCAGAAUUCAGGAUUUGAUAAGUUCCCAGAAACUUCCUACGCAUUUUCGGGCAAGAAACCACAGUCUUUUGAACCUAUGGAACUCAUUGGGAGUCCGUGGCGCAACGUUCAGUUGCCAUUCUCAGUCAUUUAUAUAGCUAAGGGGAAGUCUCGGCCAGAGUUGUCGGCUCGCUACCUAAUUCGCCAUAUGUUCACGGAAGAUGUGCUGGUAAAAAGCAAUGUAUAUGGCAAUCUUGAGCGUGGCAUGAGCCCACUGGACUGCAACAGAAUUAAUGCUCUCAGAGACUUUCUUCAAGAGACUUACCCAUCCUUUGAUCUAAAGGAAACUGGAUAUGAUUGGAAGGCAUGUGUGGCUGCCAUGAACAGCACAAUCCGCAGUCUCAGACAUGACCAUAAAAAGGCUGCAGUUGGAAACCACCAGAAAGUCUUGGCAGUGCCACCAUCGAGUGCAGAGAGUCCUCCACAGAGUCCCACUUCAGUAAUAAAGCCAUUUGAAAGUGACACUAUCAAUCUUGAAGACUGAAGCUCUCCAACAUCUGUCUCAAAUCUUAAUGUAGCAGGUUUUUAUAAAUCCCAUGUAGAAGCCUAUUACAUUGAAUUGUCCUAUUAUACUGAGUUGUCAGCAGUACUAAAUAGUAUUAUUUUAUGAGGCCAAAGUUAGCAGAAGACUUGGGAACCCUAACUCCUUGUAUAAGUAGCAUUUGUGCUCCUCAGAAAUUACUUCCACUGUUCCCUGUAGCAUUUGCAAUGUCCUCUCCUCUAAAAGCACCUUCUUCUCAUGAUUCAUUGACUCUUCUAAUCAGAUUAAUCUUUCAAAGAUGCACUGUGCAUUGUCAGCAGAAGCAGAUAGAAAUACGGAGAGGAAAGAAUGGUCCUCCUUGGAGGAAGACUCAUAGCCAGCGAAAUCAUCUCAUUCUGUGUGAGGAAUGAAAUUUGCUUUGACAAUUGGAUAUUUUAAACAAAAAUAUCUAAUGCAGAAAGGAAAAAAGAAUUGCAUCUAGCUAACUUCUUAUAUCUCUCUUUUUUUGCCUCCUAUAGCAGUCUUUGUUGUAGGGUAAGGAAAGAGGCAAACAACAAUGUAAGUACAGUUGAUCAUGUUUUCUUUGCUCUGAUAUUAUAGCUCUACAAAAAAAGCAUCCAGAAUAAGCAGCCCAAUGGUUGGUUCUUAUUUUUCUUGGUGAAAAGUAAAAGAAAAUACUUCUUCAGGGGCUUGGUCUGCUGUUCCAUGGCAGAUGUCUCAUCCACUGAUGUGGAUGUCUACAAGAGGCAAAUGUGCUGCAGCUUUCAUUAGAGGAUUUGGACCCUGAUUCAGAUUUGAGAAAUAGUAAUUCCAAUCAGCUUCAAGUCAUUGGUCCUUCAGUUACAAAUGCGGACGUGUGCCAUACUGUUGGUAUGCAGUCAGAGAGGCCAGUGUCAGAGGUACACCUUCGCAAGCUCCUAAUCAAGGCUAGGCACAUUUGCUUUGCUGUCUGGGUUCUAGAGACUUGUCAUCCUGCCUUUAACUUUCUGUCGUGAAAGAUGUGCAGCAAUUAUUCAGAGUAGUUGAGGUUGGAAGGGACCUCUGGAGGCCAUCUGAUCGCUCCCCUUGCACAAACAGGGCCACCUAGAGCCAGUUGUCCACCACCACCAUGUUCAGACAGCUUUUGAGUAUCUCCAAGGAUGAAGACUCCACAACCUUCCUAGGCAGCAUGUGGAGUCACUGUCACAGUAAAAACCUGUUUCUUGAUGUUCAGAUGGAGCCUUCUGUGUUUCAGUUUGUGGCCAUUGCCUCUGGUCCUGUCACUGGGCACCACAGAAGAGCAUGGUUCUGUCCUUUGGGCUCUGUCCUCUUUGCAACUUCCCCUCAGGUAUCUGUAUACACUGGUGAGGUCCCCUUGAGCCUUCUCUUCUCUAGCCUGAAUAGUUCCAGCUCUUUCAGCCUUUCUCCGUAGGGGAGAUGCUCCCAGCCCUUCGGCACCUUUCAUGGCCGUUUGCUGGACUCUUGACUAGUAUGUCCAUGUCUUUGUUGUACUGGGGAGCCCAGAGCUGGAGCCAGCAUUCCAGGGGUGGCCUCAGGAGUGUUGAGGAGAGGAGAAGGAUCACCUCCCUCGACCUGCUGGCAAUACUUUGCCUGAUGCAGCCCAGGGUACUAUUAGCCACCUUUUGUGGCAAGGGCUCGUUGCUGGCUCCUGUUCAACUUAGUGUCCACUAGGACAUUCCAGGGUAUACUCUUUCCCAACAUCCAAAUCGUUAAUGAGGAUGUUGAACAGGACUAGACCCAGUACUGACCCCUGGCAUACUCUGCUAGUCACUGGCCUCCAACUAGACUUUGUGCUGCUGAUCAUCACCUUCUGGGCCUGGCCAUUCAGCCAGUUUCCAGUCCACCUCACUUGCCUGUUCAUUCAGCCUGUACAUUAGCAGCUUGUCUGUGAGGACUUAUGGAAAAGAGCACUGAAGGACUUCCUCAAGUCCACUGUUCUCUGUAUCUACCAGGCUAGUCAUUUUAUCAUAGAAGUUUAUCAAGUUGGACAAACAUGACCUUCCUGGCUGAAGCCAUACUGGCUAUCGUCAGACUACUACAGAUGAUUUUCUUGUCCUUCAUCUGCCUGAAAUGCUUUCCAGGAUAACUGCUGCAUCACCUCCCCAGGAACAGAGGUGAGGCUGACUGGCCUGUAGUUCCCUGGGUCCUCCUCCUUGCCAUUCUUCGUAACAUCUGCUUUCACCCAGUCUUUGGGCACCUCUCCCAUUCACCAUGAUCAAUCAAAGAUUAUCAAGAGUGGCUACGCAAUGACAUCAGCCAGCUCCCUCAGCCCUCAUAGGUGCACCUCAGACCUUAUGUAUGUCCAGUUUGCCUAAGUGUUCCCUGACCAGCUUCUCUUUCACCCAGUAUACCUUCCUUGCUCCGGCCUUUCCCCCUCGUCUCUGGGACCUAGGAUUUCUGAAGGCCAGUUGUGUUAGUGAAGGCUGAGGCAAAGCAGCUGAAAAGUGCCUCAGCGUUUUUUGUGUCUUAUGUCAUCAGGUCCUCAGUCUCAUUCAGCAGCAGGCCCACAUUUUCCCUGGCCUUCCAUUUGUCUUCUAGGUACUUAUAGAAGCCCUUGUUGUCUUUGACAUUCCUGGCCACAUUCAAUUGCAAUUGGACUUUAGCUUUCGUAACUUCAUCCCUGAAUGCUCAGUGUCACUGCAUUCCUCCCAGGUUAUUUGUUUUUUCUUCCACCCUUUGUAUGGUUCCUUUGAGUUUGUCCAGAACCUCCUUUUUCAUCCACACAGGCCUCGUGGCAUUUUUGCCUUAAUUCUUGUUUGUUGAGGUGGAUCUCUCUGGAGCUUGGAGGAGGAGGUGAUCUUUGGAUUUCUUUCUUGGGUCUGUCUUCUCUCCAGGGCCCUAAUCCCAUAGGACUCUUCUAAAAAGAUCUUUGAGGAGACCAAAGCCUGCUCUCCUGAAGUCCAGGAUUGUGAGCCUGUUUUUGCCCUCCUCCCUCCCCUUGGGAUCCUGAACUCUACUAUCUGAUGGUCACUGUGGCUAAGGCUGCUUUUGACCUUCACAUUGUGAACAAGCCCCUUGUAGGUGAGUAUGAGGUCCAGCAAAGCUCCUUGUUGGCUUCUCUGUCACUUGGAGGAAGAAGUUAUUGUCAAAUAUUCAUGCCCCUGCGUUUCCUGUCUGUCCACACAAAUAGCACACAAUAGUGCACUGAAUUAUAUAUUAAAAAAAACCCAACCCAAACCCAAAUAAAAUUACAUGGAUGUUGAACUCGUUAAGAUUAAUUACUAUAUAUAUUCAAUUUCACAUCCCCCUCAGUUUCAUUUGUAAGUUGAAAUUCACCAGCAGUAACUGCAGAAGUUAAUAGCUUUUUUUUUUUUUGUUGGAUGGGUUCUUUGUUUUGGGUUUUUUUUUUGGUUUUGGGUUUUCUUGUUCUGCCCGUUUUCAAAAGAGGAAGUAUUGGUUACAUGCCUUUCUGUUACUUGUUUUUCCAGCAUCAGUUACCCAGUCCUCACAGUUUAUGUAUUGGCUGACUGGUGCAUGAACUUGCCUUGUAUUAUGUCUGAGCACAGUCUCAGAUGUCCGGCUUUUUCACAGAAAGAAGUUUCUUGAAAGGCUGACACAGGAAACCGAUCUCACCUCAGAAAGCUGAUGCAACUGUGGCUUCCAAAAUUAGGUCUCUGUACAUAGCAGAACAAGGUUUAACUCAAUCUGUCCUCCAAGGCAAAGGUUUCCUGGUUUGGGGGUUUUUGUUAGCAAUAGGAUAAAAUAGUGAAGCUACUUGUUCUCACAUUUUUCAUAACAAACAGACAGUGUUUAUUAUAUACGGUAUACGAUCAGCUUUCUUAUUGCAAGUUAGGAUAUGCAAUGGCAUUAUUAAGUUUCACUUACCACCUCCUUGCAGAAGUCUUUGGUAGAAUUUAAGAAACAGGCUGAAUUUCUGAUUAUUAUUUUUUUUAAACUAAAGUGUACUGCAGAUCUGGUUGUUCUGGUUUGCUACUAAAAAGUUCUGCUGUUACUGUUCUAUACAAUCAUUCUUGUAAAUGUCAAGAACUUUGUUGUGUGCAGAUAUUACUAGUUCCAAACCUCAGAGAAAGCCAAAAAUGCUUAUAUUUUUUCAGUAGUUUUAUGAAACUUUUUCACUGUCCUUCACAGAUUUUAAUGGUAAGAAUGAUAUAUUUAUUGAAUGACCUGUCUGGCACUGAAGUAUCUUAGUGUGGUGCGUACCUAUAGCUUCCAUAUUGAGAAGAGAAUUCAAUAAUUGAAUAAAAGUAGAAAUAGUUUUCUGUUUCUGUUUCAACUAUCAGUUUUUGCUAACUUUUAUAAAAACAAAUUACAGUAUUUUGCUGUUAGGAAUAAAGUAUUUUACAAAUAAAACUAGCAUUUAGUUCCUUGACUACA